CAGCGGGCUUCCGGAAAGUGGUGCUCAGCGUGGGGCAGGACUGGGCCGUUGAGCAUGCGCGCUGGCGUGCGACCGGAGCGGCGGCGGUUGCUAGGCAACGGCGAGCCGCAGAGGUGGAGGGCGUCGGCAGCGUAGAAGAAUCAAAGGACUGGGAUAUGAAAUGAUGAUAUAAUUUGAUAUAGCCAAGCAACCACUUCUCCUGAGUCAGCAUGUUAAAAAAUAAGGGUCAUUCAUCUAAACAGGAUAACUUAGCAGUCACUGCAGUGGCUUUACAAGAUCACAUUUUACAUGAUCUUCAACUUCGAAAUCUUUCAAUAGCAGAUCAUUCUAAGACAAAGGACAAAUGUACAAACGUACAUUCUUGGACAGAGAACAGAUCCAAGUCUCUAAAAAGAAAUACAAAAGCAAUAAUAGAUACUGGACUUAAAAAAACCACCCAAGGCCCUAAAGUGGAAGAUCCAGAAAAAGAAUACGUUCUUGAUCCAAAACCACCACCAUUAACUUUAGCACAGAAGCUGGGCCUCUUUGAACCUCCCCCAUUGCCACUGUCAUCAGAUGAAUGGGAAAAAGUGAAGCAAAGAUCCGUCCUGCAAGGGGCGUCCAUGCAGCCAUGCCCAAUAUGCAAAGAAGAGUUUGAACUUCGCCCGCAGGUGCUGCUUUCAUGCUCCCAUGUGUUCCACGGGGCAUGCCUUCAGGCUUUUGAAAAGUUCGCAAAUAAAAAAACCUGUCCUCUCUGUAGAAAGAACCAGUAUCAAACCAGAGUGAUUCACGACGGGGCCCGGCUCUUCAGAACAAAGUGUGCGGCCAGGAUCCAGGCCUUCUGGAGGGGACACGUGGUCAGGAAGUGGUACCGGGAGCUGAGGAGGACGGUGCCGCCCACGGACGCCAAGUUGAGGAGAAAGUUCUUUGAAGCAAAGUUCACAGAAAUCAGCCACCGCCUGCUGUGCUCUUACCACACGGACAUAGACGAGCUCUUCUCAGAGAUCGACCGCUGCCUGGCCCUCAACCGCAGCGUGCUGCAGCAGCUCGAGGACAGGUGUGGCCACGAGCUCACGGAAGAGGACUGGGGGAAGAUCCAGACACAGGCCCUGCUCCGGGAGAGCCCCGAGUGUUCCAUCUGCCUCAGCCCGCUCUCCGUCGGCGGCCAGGCUCACCUGGUCCCCUCGGCACGGCACACGGCCCUCCUGUCCUGCUCACACGUGUUUCACCACACGUGUCUCCUUGCUCUGGAGGAGUUCUCCUUGGGGGACACUUCUCCCUUCCACGUGUGUCCUCUCUGCCGCUCUUGCUAUCAAAAGAAAAUUCUUGAAUGUUGAAUUCACAGGAAUAAAAUUAUAUAAUUCGGGGGGAAAGGUUUACCUUAAUUUUGGUAGUUGUACUUAGGAAAGCUAACGAUAUUUUAAAAGCUGGCAACCCAUCCAAUUUUAGUCUUUAUAAAAAGAAAACUUCAGAUUCAUGAGUUUAAUCAGUUGAGGUAAGUGAGGAAUGGACUAAAAACUUCUGUCUUAGAGGUUCUGUAAUUUGUUGAUUUGCUCUGCCUCUAGUGGGCCAGCUGGAAUUGCUCAUAACAGUAAAGGGACUCCCUUCUGACACAGUAGCCUGGCUCACUGGCCCAUUUCCACAGCGGUUCUGAUUGGCCCGCAGGGGGGCUGCUG